GGCAAGGACUGUCGUGAUGAAAUCUACACGCCUGAGAAGAUUGGAGGCGUGGCCGGGUGAUGGCCCAAUCCGCACCCGGCUCGCCGAAGCGUGUAGACCUCAGAUUCCCGAUUAGACUUCCCAAUUUAAAUUGUAUACGCGGUUGAAUGCCGACAUCCUCGCUCGAGCCUGAGGCCUGGGCCCAACCGCGUAUAAAACCAAACGUCCUCCCCGCCAUCUCUCCUUCUCCACCCCGCUGUUGCGCCUACCUCCUACUCACCGCCCUGCCCGACAUUAGCUUGUCGUAGUUGCCCCAAUUCACCGGUGUCGACGAGCCAACUACCACCCCGCACAUCGCACCCCGGAAAUUCACAUAACCGACUUAUCAUGUCGAAAAUGCAGAAAUCAUCCUCCUCGUCCUCCUCGUCCUCGAGCUCCUCCACAGCACCACCACAGCUCGUCGCCCUCCCAUCACUAUCAUGUCAACUCUCGUCACUACCACAGGCGAGGGGCAUGGACCAGCUCUCCCUCCAUCACAACUCCAUGUCCGCACAACGAGCAGCAGAGAGUGAGGCCAAGCUCGUCAAGGCCCUCACAAAGUCUUCCACGUCACAUUCCGCCGCGUACGCGCCAGCGUAUUCAUCGUCUCCCCACGGCUCCUACUCACCGAGCGGCAACUCGCCCCCGCUCAUGAUGCGUAAACCGGUCAAAAAAAUCCCUGCAUGAGGCUCGCCCGCGCGCGUACCGAAACUGCCCUAUAGACGUCGUCGCCUUUCUCUCCGCCUCUCUCAUGGGACUUUGCAGCACCUACGUAAUUGUAGCUGCGUGCCGACGCUUCACGAUCCGACCAAAAGCUCUCGCUCGCAUAUCUUCUCCUCCUCGCUCUGCACCACUAGACGUCCGCGAUCCCUCGUCCCACUGUCUGCCGCUACGCUACCAUUAUAUCCUCUCGCACCGCAUGAUAUCCGCAUCCUUUCUUGCAGCAUCUCGCAUCUCCUCUACCGCACAUCCUCGCACAGCCUGGGGCUUUUGGUGUCUAGUCACUAUUACUCGUGUUUUAUUACUGCUACUGUGGAAUAUACUACUGGGCCCACGACGGCAAUCACAACCAAGUAAUGCGUGUUGUCAAUGUUC